AUUCCUCCGCGUGCAAGACGAGUUAGGAGAACGGUCGCGGAGGCGCCUCUGUCACCAUGGCAACAGACAGCAACCAAAACAUAAAUAUUUAGAAGCACACACUGGCUUAUAUGCGUUGUCUCCGUAUUCAAGAGAGUGGAAGAUGCUGCUAUGCAUAGGCCCAGAAGGCUCAGGAAAAACGCUUCUUCUGAGGAGACUGCUUAAUCUCAACAAGCCAGAUAUUUCCAUGACGACGGUUCCAACUGUAGGAGUGAACAUAGUGACUCUUCAAGUACCCGAGAUGCUGCCAAUCAACAUACGGGAAUUGGGAGGAAGCAUGGCACCCAUCUGGCAUAACUACUAUAGCGGUGUCAGGAAGGUCAUGUACGUCGUGGAUGUAAGCAAUCUGACUCAUUUGGCUAAUGCAACUUUGCUGUUCAUGGAACUUCUUGCCAACCCUAAGCUCAAGACAGCACAGGUGGCAGUAGUAUUGAAUAAAACGGACUGCGUCUUGAGUCGUGCCAGCAAUGAACUGCUAAAUGCGAUGCGCUUUGAUGAACUAAAGGAGUAUGCACCGCAGCAACUCACAACUUUUGAAGUGAGUGCUCUUGCAGGGAAAGGACUGAGACCUCUUCUGGAGUGGAUAAAAGGAACUAAGCCAAAGCCAAAGUAGAGCAGGUGAACAGAUCUGAGGAACUUUCAUUUUGAUGAAAGUUAGGCAAAAUUUUUUGGUUAAAGCAAAAUGAAAAGUGCUUGUCAGUAUGAGUCUAACCACAGAUUUUAUAAUUUUACACAAAUAUUAUUUAAUAACAGAUCUCAGUACUAUAUACCACAUGCAGUUUAUUUGAAAUAACGUCUGCACUCUGUAAAUCAAAUCAGUUUAUACAAUAGUAGUUAUAACAAGUGGGUUACUGAUAUAUAGUUCCCUGUCAAAAUACUUAAAACUCAUGAAAUCACUUUGUUAAUACAUGUUACAAAUGUCCCUAAAUGACUGGUUAAAUACAGAGAUGCUUUUAAGAUCUUGAGACAUUGGUGUGUUAAUCCUAGUCAAAUUUUUUUAGAGCUUCACAUUUACCAUUUUGAAGAUAUUUCAGAAUAAAAUAUAAAAUGCUUUAUCUAAAGGUUUCCGUUAGGUGCAAUAAGUGGGUUUCACAACAUGAAUGAACACAUCUGGCAUGCUAGCCCCAGGUGCCCAUGCCUAACAAUGCCAUUGAUUAAAACCAUUGUAUUCUAGUCUUGACUCUUGACCCACAUAAUAUACUUGGUUGAUGGACAUGCUUUCAGGUACUGACAUUCCACUUGCAAGAUUCUGUAUAAUCCUUUUAAUUUUUGUGUACUGGACAUAACAAGGAAACUGGUAUAUCCUAGUAAACUUAAGAGACCAAGAAGAUAAAAAAUUGUUUAAUACGUAAUGAGCAUGACAACUGAAGGGAAGAUAACAAUGAAUUAAAAUAUUGAAACAACUGUCUGAGAUAAGAACCGUCCAUAAUAAAAAUCCUGGUAGUACAUAAAUUAAAAUAAUUGAAUUUUAUUUUAUACAUAUACUGCAUAGGUGCCUUUUGUAAACAAAUGUUAUCCACAAUAAAGAAUUAAAAAGGAA